AGGAAACUCUCAAAUUGAUGCAAGGUUAAAAGAUGACCCAAGAGGAGCAGGGGGAUGUCUCAAUGAUAAAGAAUGUCACACACCUAGAUGUAGAGAUCACUCCUCCAAGCUACCUAAAACUUCCUGAGGCAUAUCAAUCUAAUCAUGAGGUGUACACUCCUGUUGGUUCUUACCCUCCACCUGAUAUUUAUCCUUCGCAUGGUUGCUACAAUCCUAGAGGUUUCUCUGAUUCGUCUACAAACAAAGGUCAGAUGCAGAACCAUGCAAAUAGUUCAUCAGUAAAUGGUGGUCAUAUGGGUGAUCUGUAUGAUGAGUGCACCUUGAUGAGGAUUGACCCAAUGGUUCAAAAUUACUAUACUCAAGUUCCUAAUUCAUCAAGCACAACACAGGAUGGAGAUUUAACAGUGCUGCCUCGUGUUAUUACUACUCUCAUGCACCAUGCUAUGGUUAGAGGAGGUAAAUUUGAUGACACCACGACAGAGGAUGCUUUUGGAUUUCAGGAUUCAAUGGUGACGACAACUAAUAGAACACAAGAGUACAGUGCACAUGACGUUAUAGGUGAAGAAGAAAAAAUGGAUGAAUAUGAAGAGGAUCAUGAGCUAGGUUGGUUUGGACAGUGGAGGGGCCAAUUUCAGAUUCAAACUGAAGAAGUGCAGGGCAAGCAAAAUGAGUCAGAACAUUCUAAAGAACAAAAUGAUUCUGCUAUUCAUGAAGGCAAAGACGAUGCAAUUGUCAUAAAUGGUGAUGAGCUGCUAACUGAAGAAGACAUUGACAUAUUCCUAGAACAGGAAUUAAGUACAGCUGCUGCAGGUGCACAAACAUCUGCCCAAGAUUCCGUCACAUCUGUUCGGGGUGCUGAAUCAGAAAUUGAAGCUAAAUACAUACCAUAUGUUAACAUGAAGUUUGAUAGUGAGGAAGAUGCCCAUCACUUCUACUACUUCUACGCAUACAUGGCGGGCUUCUCGGUAGUUGUUGCAGACAUACGUCAUACUAUAAGUAAGAAACGAAACAAUGAGAGGAUUGGGAUUACAUUAAAGUGUAGGAAGUACUUCAAGCCAGCUCAGGAAAAUAAAAAAGCUAUAGCUGAUCAUGCAAAUAUAGAACCAGUAAUGUUUGAGAGGCAACGGAAUGUGACAAAAAACACAGGUUGCCCUGCUCAAAUGGUGUUAAAGCUAAGAGAAGGAAAAUGGAUUGUGAAAACAUUAGUGUUUGAACACAAUCAUGAAAUGAGCAAGUCAAAUGAGACAAGAUUUUUCCGUUCUCACAAGUACAUGUCAAAUGAGGAAAAAAUGUUGAUUAGGACAUUGAAUAGUUGUAACAUAUCGACAAGGAAAAUGAUGUCUAUACUUUCUUUCCUUAGAGGUGGUCUGACAGCCCUGCCAUUUACAAAGAAGGACGUAAGCAAUCUAAGAACUUCGAUAAAGAGAGAGGCGUCUACAAAUGAUAUGAUGCAGGUGCUGAAGUUUUUUGAAAAAAAACAAGGUGAAGAUCCUGGUUUCUCCUACUCUUUUGAUUUGGCUGAAGAUGGUAAAGUUAGAAGCAUGUUCUGGAGUGACACAAAGUGCAUGGAAUAUUAUAGAAACUAUGGAGAUUGUGUGUCAUUUGACACAACAUACAUGACCAACAGGUACAACCUCCCAUUUGCUCCAUUUAUAAUAAUAACAGAUUAUAGUAUUGCAGCUAUUGAAAACAACAAAAAAAAGCAGCUGGAUGUAAUUAAUAGGAAAAUAGAUAGAUGUAAUGUGACUCCCAAUAUGGAAAAUAAAUAAGCAUAUAACUAUCAUAGCAAAGAGUCCGGGAGAGGUCAUGUCACCCACUAUUACCUCAUUAAAAACCAAAAAUGAAAAAAAAUAAGAUAAAUAUUAGCACAACAAUU